AUAAUAAUAACACGAAGGUUUCGUCUUUCAGACCAAGGAAGAACACAACGAGAGCGAAACACAAAAGAUAUUGCGCAGCGGGAGAGAGUUAUAUCAUAUAUGUAUCUAUACACAAACAAGAAUAGAGAGGAACGUUGAGAUGUUCUCAGAAGUAUUGAAAAUUUGAGCUCCCGCUUUCUCGGCCUUCCUCGAUCUGUGCCCUUAAGGUUUUCCUUCACACGCUGUUGGAUUCGCCACUCCCGAGAGUUUUUUCGAUCUGUUCUGUCACUUCCCCAAUUUUCUUGGGUUUUGAAUUGGAGCGACGAUUCAAUAAUCUCGAAAGCGAAUUGCAGCAUGAGCAUCGAUAGCCCCGGAGUAGGGGAGAAUUAGGGUUUUCAAGAUUUCAACCGAAGCGGAUUUGGGGGAUUUCCAUGGGCGAUGGAGGCGUCGCAUGCAUGCCUUUGCAGCAGCAGCAUCAUAUGGAGAGGUUUCCAAUUCCUGAGAAGACGCUCUAUGGUAACGGAGGGAAGAAUGGGAGCAAUAGCAACAACAAUGGGUUCAAUUCCAAGUCGCUCAAGUUGGCUGACACGGAGCGAAAGAAGAAGAUGAAGGUGAAGAAAGAGCAAUUCGCGAAGAGCGGAGAGUCCGAAAAGAGUGAGUUGGGAUUCAAUAGAGGUAAAAAGAGUAGUAGGGAAGUUGAAAAUGGUGAAAUUUUUGCUGAGAAGGUACAGAAGGAAGAGGUAGAAGAGGGUGAAUUAGGGACUUUGAAUGGAGAAUUUGUUUCUCGGAGAAGUGAAAUUGAGAAGGGAGAGAUUGUUGAGAAAUGGAGAAGAAGUGAGGUGGAGAAAGGAGAGAUUGCUUACGGUAAGUGGAGGAAAGAUGAGGUGGAGAAGGGUGAAAUAGUGCCGGAGAAGACUAGGAGAGGAGAAGCAGAGAGAGUGGAUUUUGGGUCGUGGAGGGGCGCAAAAGACGAGAUUGAAAAGGGAGAGUUCAUUCCAGAUAGAUGGCAUAAAGGGGAAGCACCAAGGGAUGAGUACAAUCAUUAUAAAUCACGCAGGUAUGAGUUGGGUAAUGAUAAGGGGAGUAGAUUUGAGCUUGAGCGUACACCACCUUCUGGGAAGUAUUCGGGGGAUGAUAGUUUCCGUAGGAAAGAGUUCAACAGAAAUGGAAGUCAGCUCAGCAAAAGUACUCCCAGGUGGGAGAGUGGUCAGGAGAGGAAUGUAAGGAUCAGUUCAAAAAUUGUAGACGAGGAAGGUUUGUAUAGGAAUGAGUACAGCAAUGGGAAGAACCAUGGAAGAGAUUACUCUUCUGGUAACCGGUUGAAGCGGUAUGGCACUGAUUCGGAUGGCACUGAGCGGAAGUACUAUGGAGAUUAUGGGGAUUAUGUGGGCUCAAAAAGCCGGAGGCUUUCUGAAGACAGCAACCGCACUACCCAUUCAGAUCAUUAUUCACGCCGUUCUGUAGAGAGGUCUUACAGGAAUUUAGCUUCAUCAAAGUUGACUCCAUCAGAAAAGUACUCCAGGCAUUAUGAAUCUUCUUUAUCUUCAAGAAUUGCUUAUGACAGGCAUGGGCGUAGCCCUGGACAUUCUGAGCGGUCCCCACUUGACAGGGCCCGGUAUUAUGAUCAUCGUGACAGGAGUCCUGUCCGUCGGGAGAGAUCACCUCAUGGUCGGGAGAGAUCUCCACAUGGUCGGAAUCGGCACCAUGAUCAUAGAAAUCGAACUCCUACUCAUACAGAGCGGUCCCCACACGAUCGAGCUAGAAACCAUGAUCGUAGGGAUAGGACCCCUAACUAUCAGGAUCGGUCCCCAGUUGAUCGAAGUAGGCCCAGUAGUUACCGUGAAGCAAGUCGUAAAGGAGGAACAAGUGAGAAGCGUAAUCCUCAGAUUGGUAGUAAAGAGCAAGAAGAUAAGCCCAGCCAGAGGGAUCCCACUGAAAAAGACUCGCAUUAUUCAGCUAAAGAGUCUCAAGAUACUGGCAGUGUACAUAAUGUUAAUGGGUCUCUGGAGAAAGAUGUCGAGUGUGAGACUCACAAAGAAGAGCAGUCUCAGGGUCCAAGCAUCGCUUGCAAAGAAUCGUCCCAUGUUGAUGGGACUCUUCCUGAAGAGCUGCCAUCUAUGGAAGAAGAUAUGGAUAUAUGCGACACGCCACCACAUAUCCCAGUGGUGGCUGAUUCGUCUACAGGGAAAUGGUUUUACCUCGAUUAUUAUGGCAUGGAAUGUGGGCCUUCUAAAUUAGGUGAUCUUAAAGCACUUGUGGGAGAAGGGGCUCUAAUGUCAGAUCACUUGAUUAAGCACUUAGAUAGUGAUAGGUGGGUAACUGUUGAAAAUGCAACGUCUCCGUUGAUGACUGUGAGUUUCCCAUUCAUUGCAUCAGACACCAUAACUCAGCUGGUGAAGCCUCCUGAAGCUCCUGGUAAUCUUCUGGCUGAUACUGGAGAUACUAGGCAAUUUGGUCCUGGUGAGGAAAUACUCGCCACUUGCUCUGAGUUUCUGGUUUGCCCAGAUAACAGUGCAGCUACUUUUGAGCCUUCAGAAGAUCUCCACAUUGAUGAAAGGGUUGGGGCUCUGUUACAUGGCUUCCCAGUCGUUCCUGGCAAGGAACUUGAGACCGUUGCAGAAGCCCUACAAAUGAGGAUUGAGCCUGCUGAAUGGGGGGAGGGAUGGGGAAAUUCUGAAGGUUUUGCUUGGUAUCAAACUCACAGAAGCAAAGCUUUUGAUCAGAAAAACGAUCAAUUAUCUAGAAUUUCUGACAUCAAAUCAAAAGAAGCUGCAGAAUCCAGGUUAAUUGCAACUUCUGACAAGGAUCAUGGUUUUGCCUGUGGAGAAUUUGGUGACUGGUUUUCUGGCCGAUGGCCAUGUAAGGGUGGCGACUGGAAGAGGAAUGAUGAGGCUGGACAGGAUAAGUCUUUCAGAAAGAAGCUUGUUCUCAAUGAUGGUUUCUCAUUAUGCCAGAUGCCAAAGUCUGGUUAUGAGGACCCUCGCUGGCAUCGAAAAGAUGACUUGUACUAUCCAUCUCACAGCAGGAGGCUUGAUCUCCCUCCUUGGGCUUUUUCUCUAUCAGAUGAGAAGAAUGAUUGCAGUGGCGUGAGCAGACCAGUUCAGAGCAAGUCUACUGCUAUUGUUAGGGGAGUGAAAGGAACAGUGCUUACAGUGGUCAGGAUAAAUGCAUGUGUGGUUAAGGAUCAUGGUUCGUUUAUUUCUGAUCCACGCACAAAAGUAAGAGGAAAGGAGAGAUAUUCUUCAAGGUCUUCUCGUCCAUACUCUUCAGGUAGUGAUGGCAGGAGAUCGUCAACAGAAUGUGAUUCUCAAUCCAAAAGUGCUAAUGAUCAAGGUUCACAAGACUCCUGGAAAUGUGUGGCAUCCAUCAACCCUCCAAAAGACCGACUUUGCUCAGUUGACGAUUUGCAAUUGCAUUUGGGGGAUUGGUACUACCUUGAUGGUGCUGGGCGUGAACUAGGGCCUUCUUCAUUUUCACACCUGCAGGUCUUAGCAGAUCAAGGUGUUAUUCAGAAACACAUCAGUGUUUUCAGAAAAUUUGAUAAAAUUUGGGUUCCAGUUCUCUCUGCUGGAGAGACCACCUCUGAAGCCAGUGUCAAGAGCGACCAGGAGAAUACUUCUGCGAGUGGUGAUUCUUCAAGACCUUUUUCACAAUCUCAAGGCGCUGCCCUUGAUGAUUCUAAAAUGAAACCAAGUUUCUCGCAUGACCUACAUCCUCAGUUCAUUGGUUAUACUCGUGGGAAGCUGCAUGAAUUGGUAAUGAAAUCAUAUAAGAGCCGUGAGUUUGCUGCAGCCAUUAAUGAAGUCUUAGAUCCAUGGAUCAAUGUUAGGCAGCCUAAAAAGGAGAUGGAGAAGCAUAUAUACCGUAAAUCAGAAGGUGAUGCACAUGCUGCCAAGAGAGCACGGCUGCUGGGGGAUGAGAUUGAAGAAUAUGAAGUAGAAGAGGACAUGCACACAAUUAAGGAUGAAUCCACAUUUGAUGAUCUUUGUAGUGAUGCUCUAUUUUACCGAGAGGAGAAUGAAAAUUCUGGAUCUGAAAUGGGAAGCUGGGGUUUAUUGGAUGGCCAUGUCCUUGCACGGGUUUUUCAUUUUCUGCGAUCAGAUAUCAAAUCCCUUGCCUUUAUUUCUUUGACUUGUAAACACUGGAGAGCCGCAGCCAGUUUUUACAAGGACAUCUCAAGACAUAUUGACCUGUCAACUUUGGGUCCUAACUGCAGUGACUCCAUACUCUUGAACAUCACGAGUGGUUAUGGAAAAGGAAAGUUGAAUUCAAUGGUUCUUAAAGGUUGUACAAACAUUACCUCCGAGCUGCUUGAAGAGAUUCUGCAUUCGUUUCCUUGUAUAUCUUAUAUAGAUAUUAGAGGUUGCAGCCAGUUUGAUGAGUUGGCCCUCAAAUUUGCGAACAUUAACUGGAUCAAGACCCGAAUUUCACGUGUUACAAAGAUAUUUGAGGAAUCACAGUCUAAAAUAAGAAGUCUUAAACAGAUUACUGAGAGAACUUCAUUGAUUUCCAAAAAGGGUCUGUGUGAUUAUAUGGAUGAUUUUGGUGAACUAAAGGACUAUUUUGAUAGUGUUGAUAAGAGAGACUCAGCAAAUCAGUUAUUCCGUCGAAGCUUAUACAAACGAUCAAAACUAUUCGAUGCCAGAAAGUCCUCUUCCAUUCUAUCUAGGGAUGCUCGAAUGAGGCGGUGGGCCAUUAAGAAAUCUGACAAUAGUUACAAAAGAAUGGAAGAAUUUCUUCUUUCGGGUCUUAAGGACAUAAUGAAUAAGAAUACAUUUGAUUUCUUUGUGCCCAAGGUUGCGGAAAUUGAAGACAGAAUUAAAAAGGGUUAUUACAUUGGCCAUGGAUUGAGCUCUGUCAAGGAGGAUAUCAGUCGAAUGUGCAGAGACGCAAUAAAAGCAAAGAAUCGGGGCGAUGCUGGAGACAUGAAUCAUAUUAUUCCUUUAUUUAUUAAACUUGCCACACGAUUGGAAGACAGUUCUAAGUCGUCCUAUGAAAGAGAUGAGAUGAUGAAGUCGUGGGAAGAUGAUUCACCUGCUGCCUCAAAGUAUAAGAAGAAACCAAAUAAAUCUUUGACUGACAGGAAGUAUGUGAAUAAGAGCAAUGGCACUUCCUUCCCAAAUUAUGGUUUGGAUUAUGUAGAGUAUGUAUCUGAUCGAGAAAUCAGAAGGCGAUUAUCCAAAUUGAAUAAAAAAUCUAUGCACUCGGAGAGUGAAACAUCUGAUGACCUUGACAGGUCUUCAGAUGGCAAGAGUGAGAGUGAGAGCACAGCCUCAGAUGUGGAAAGUGAUUUGGAUAUUCGGUCAGAAGUUCGACCUGCAGACUCAAGAGGGAAUGGACACUUUAUUCGAGAUGAGGGCUUGGAUUCUAUGACUGAUGAUCGUGAAUGGGGUGCUCGGAUGACCAAAGCAAGCCUGGUUCCUCCUGUUACAAGAAAAUAUGAAGUCAUUGAUCAAUAUGUUACUGUUGCCGAUGAUGAGGACGUGCAAAGGAAGAUGCGAGUAUCUUUACCAGAGGACUAUGUUGAGAAACUCCAUGCACAGAAAAGUGGCACUGAGGAGUCUGAUAUGGAACUUCCUGAAGUCAAGGAUUAUAAACCUAGAAAACAGCUUGGAGUUGAGGUUUUAGAGCAAGAGGUUUAUGGAAUUGAUCCCUACACACACAACCUUUUGCUUGAUUCAAUGCCAGAGGAGUUGGAUUGGACUUUGCUCGAGAAGCAUUUUUUUAUCGAAGAUGUGCUCCUUCGAGCUUUGAAUAAGCAAGUUAGGCACUUCACUGGAACUGGAAACACUCCUAUGAUGUAUCCCUUGCAGCCUGUUAUUGAAGAAAUCGAAAAGGCUGCUGAAGAAGACUGCGAUAUACGAACUGUGAGAAUGUGUCAGGGUAUUUUGAAGGCCAUAGACAGUCGUGCCGAUGACAAAUAUGUUGCUUACAGAAAGGGGCUUGGUGUUGUUUGCAACAAAGAAGAAGGUUUUGGAGAAGAGGAUUUUGUUGUGGAGUUUUUGGGAGAGGUUUAUCCUGUUUGGAAAUGGUUCGAGAAGCAAGAUGGGAUUCGAUCUUUGCAGAAAAAUAGUGAAGAUCCAGCUCCUGAAUUUUACAACAUCUAUCUUGAAAGGCCUAAGGGUGAUGCUGAUGGGUAUGAUUUGGUGGUUGUUGAUGCUAUGCAUAAGGCAAACUAUGCAAGUCGAAUAUGCCACUCGUGUCGACCUAAUUGUGAAGCAAAGGUUACUGCUGUAGGUGGUCAUUACCAGAUUGGAAUCUAUUCUGUACGUAAAAUUCGAUAUGGCGAGGAGAUCACAUUUGAUUAUAAUUCUGUUACAGAGAGUAAAGAAGAAUAUGAAGUGUCAGUUUGUUUGUGUGGCAGCCAAGUUUGCCGGGGCAGCUACUUGAAUCUGACAGGUGAAGGGGCUUUCCAAAAGGUACUGGAGGACCGGCAUGGAGUUCUUGAUGGUCAUCAGUUAAUGCUAGAAGCUUGUGAAUUAAACUCAGUAUCUGAAGAGGAUUAUCUUGACUUGGGGAGGGCUGGUUUAGGCAGUUGUUUGCUUGGUGGGCUGCCUGAAUGGGUAGUAGCCUAUUCAGCUCGCCUGGUGAGAUUUAUAAAUUUUGAAAGGACGGAGCUACCUGCAGAGAUUCUAAGGCAUAAUUUGGAGGAAAAAAGGAAAUAUUUUUCAGAUAUUUGUCUUGAGGUUGAGAAGAGUGAUGCCGAGGUUCAGGCUGAGGGUGUGUACAAUCAGAGGCUUCAGAAUUUGGCUGUUACUCUUGACAAGGUGAGAUAUGUUAUGAGAUGCAUUUUUGGUGACCCAAAGAAAGCACCACCUCCGCUGGAGAAGCUGAGUCCCGAAGAAGUUGUUUCCUUUUUCUGGAAAGGAGAAGGAUCAUUUGUUGAGGAGCUUCUCCAAUGCAUGGCUCCUCAUGUGGAAGAAGGCACGCUAAAUGAUCUCAAGUCCAAGAUUCAUGCUCAUGAUCCAUCAGGGUCGGAUGACAUUCAGAAAGAACUUCAGAGAUCUUUACUAUGGCUGAGAGAUGAGGUCCGAAAUCUUCCAUGUACCCACAAGUCGCGGCAUGAUGCGGCGGCUGACUUGAUCCAUAUUUAUGCAUACACAAAGUGCUUUUUUAGAAUACGGGAAUAUAAAGCUGUAACGUCCCCACCGGUUUACAUUAGUCCACUUGACUUGGGCCCCAAGUAUGCUGAUAUAUUGGGGGAUGGCUUUCAAGAGUAUUGCAAGACCUACGGCGAGAACUAUUGUUUAGGACAGCUAAUUUUUUGGCAUAACCAAACCAAUGCGGACCCAGAUUGUAGCUUGGCCAAAGCGAGUAGGGGUUGCUUGCUGUUACCUGAGAUCGGUUCCUUCUAUGCCAAGGUUCAGAAAUCAUCAAGGCAUCGUGUUUAUGGCCCAAGGACUCUGAGAUUUAUGCUGGCAAGAAUGGAGAAGCAGCCCCAGAGACCGUGGCCUAAGGACCGAAUAUGGUCGUUUAAGAGCUCCUCGAAUGUUUUUGGCAGCCCGAUGUUGGAUGCUGUUCUAAAUAAUUCUUCGCUCGACAGGGAGAUGGUGCACUGGCUGAAGCACAGACCUACCAUAUUUCAGGCCAUGUGGGAUCGGUGACCCAUUGCAGAGAUUGGGAAAGCAGCAGGCAUCAUUAGGCAACUCUUUGUCAAUUAGUCUGGAAUGAUUUGUCAAUUUUAGUCCACAGCUGCCCCUUCAAAUGUGGGAAGUUGGUAAUCACUCCAGGACGUCAUUCAUUUUGUACUGCAGUUUCUCCUCAUUCUUGUGUACAGUUUUUUUUUUUUUUUUUCUUUUCACCUUUGUAAUUUGUGAUUCAUUAUGCAGUAAGUAGCAUUGUUUCUCUCUAAUUUUAUGAGAAAAAAAAAAUGAAAAGGAAGAAAAAGUCGGAGGCAUUAGCUGUUAAUUGGUA